AGUCUGUAGAAAGCCAUCGGCCGGUUAAGCGUCUAGUCCUUGCAAAUCUCGUUUCGCACAAACUUUUUCUCUUGUACCAAGCUCCGUGGUGUGAGUGAAUUUAGUAGACUGCUGCUUUGUGUUCUCGAACCAAAUCAAAUUCGCAAAAGAAUAAACUUUUUCUCCAAAAGAAAAGUUUCUAAAAUCGAAUUCGCCUAGCGAAGAGGGUCAAGAAAAUUGAGUAUCGAUUUUAGUGUCCGGUUCCGCUAGUGUGGUAGUGUUGAAAGAGUUCCCGUAAGUGCGUUAACAGCUAGAGCAAGAAAAAAAAGAUGGCAGCCGUUAGUUUCGAUGAAAAAGUCCUUGCCGCAAAGAAGAUCAUUUGCGAUAUUGAGGGUACUACCUCUUCCAUUAGCUUCGUGAAGGAUGUUCUAUUCCCUUACGCACUAAAGAAUGUCGAGGAGUACCUCAAGACCCACUGGAGCGAUGAUGCGACAAAAACCGUUGUCGCUGCUUUGCGCGAACAAGCCGACGAGGACAAGAAGGCCGAGCUCGAAGGUGCUGUAACCAUUCCUGCUGAGGACUCCGAAGACAUCAUUCCAGACGUAGUCAAGAACGUCGAAUGGCAGAUGUCUAAGGAUCGCAAAACCGGUGCUUUGAAAACUCUGCAGGGACUAGUCUGGGCCAAGGGUUACAAAGACGGAACCAUCAAGGGACACGUUUACGAAGAUGUGAAGAAAGCUUUGGAACAGUGGAACGAAGGUGGUCACAAGGUAUACAUUUACUCGAGCGGAAGCGUCGACGCACAGAAGCUGCUGUUUGAGCACAGCGAACAGGGUGAUCUGGUAAAGUAUGUUUCCGGAUACUAUGACACCAAAAUCGGCGCCAAGCAGGAGAAGAACAGCUAUGAAGCCAUUCUCAAGAACAUUGAGGCAACAGGCGAAGAAGCUCUCUUUUUGACCGACGUUGUAGGCGAGGCUAAAGCCGCCAAGGAAGCUGGUUUGAACGUGGUUGUGCUAGAUAGACCCGGCAACGCCGAGCUAUCAGAGGAUGACCGAAAAGAAUUCACAGUCAUCUCAUCCUUCACGGAUCUCCCUCUCGAAUCGGUUAAAACGACCGAAACCGAAAACGGCACUGAGAAGGAGGAGACUGUAACCGAAUCGAAGGAAAAGGUUGCUGCCGAUUCGGAAAAAGAAGCCGAAAAAGAAACCGCUGCCGCGCAAACCGAAAAUGGUGCUGAUGCUGAAAACGGAGCCAGCAAGCGCAAAAUUGACGAAACUGCCCAAGACGACGAAGCUCAGCCCCCUUCGAAGGUAGUCAAGGUUGACCAAAACGGUAGCGAUGUUGACGACGCUGCAAAACAGAACGGUGACGCAACGGCGAUUAAGGUGGAAGAACCCGCUCCCUCUACGAAAACCAAUGGUAAGCCUGCUGGUGGUGACGCGGAGGCGAUGGACGUUGACACCGAAAUGACCGAUGCCGCCCAACCAUCCACAACUGCCACCACGGCAGCUGAUACAGAAACUGAAAAAGUAACCGAUAAGACUGAAACUGAAGAAUCUCCCAAGGAGAAGCUGAAAGCGGAUGAUGAAGUCAGUAAAACUGACUCCAACGAGGAUGCCAAACAGAAGGAGGAACCCGCAACGGGUAACGAUGACAAAAAGGGGGCGGAAAUUAAGAAGCAGAAGGCUGAAGACGCCAAGGAUAGCGACGCAGAAGAUGAAGCUGCACCACCAGCCAAGAAAGCAAAGGUCGAGGAACCGAAGAUGGAUGUGGAUGAGAAGGAUGGAACCGCAACUGAAAAGAAGGAACAGCAGGCUACCGAAGAAAAACCCAUAGAAUCCACUAAAAAUGACGUCACCAAGGCGGAAGAAAAUGAAGUUGAAAAACCAGUUGAAACUGUCGAAACCGAACUGACCUCUACAGAAACGGCAAAGAUCGAUACAACUAAGGAUACACCAAUUAAAACUGUUGAAGAGGUAUCAGUUACAAAUGCCGAGAAAAAAGAAGAAAGCAAAUCUGAGGUAAAGACUACACCAUUUGAGAGCGAUUCCGUGGAGAAGCAGACUGCUGUUGAUGAAAAAAUUCAAAAAAAAGCUGCGACUAACGAUAUGGAGAAGGAAACAGAAGAACUUUCCGCGGAGUCGAAAACAGAAGUAAAACCAACCGAAAAGCAUAUUGAUGUUAAGGCUGAUGAAGUGGACAACAAAGUAGCAGCUACAAAAGCAAAGGAAAUGGACAAAACAUCAGAGAGUAUUGAAGAAAUUCAACCGCAGGAGUCCAAUGAAGUUAAGGAGAACAACAAAACUGAAGAAGAUAUUAAGAAUACUGUUUCUGAAAAGUCGGAGUCCAAAAAGAACGUUAAAAUAGCUGAUGAGAAACAAACCGAUAAGGAAGUUGACGUGAAGAAGGUUGAAGAAGUUAACACAGCGAGAGAACUCGAAAAGGCAUCAACAGCAAAGAUAACGGAAGAUAACAAGAAGACAGAGGAACCGAUGGCAACGGAAGAAAGUAAAACGGUAGAAGAAGUUGUGCUCACGAAAGAGGUCAAUACUGCCGUAGAAAUGAAGAACACAGAAGAAGUCAAAACAACAGAAGAAACUAAACCAGUAGAACAGGUCAAACCAACAGAAAAGGCGAAGCCAACAGAAGAGAUCAAGCCAAUGGAAGAGGUGAAGAUAACAGAAGAGAUUAAGCCAACAGAAGCUGCCAAACCUACAGAUGAGGUAAAACCAACAGAAAAGGUGAAACAAACAGAAGAGGUGAAACCAGCAGAAGCAGUCAAAUCAACAGAAGAGGUCAAGUCAGCAGAAGUGGCCAAACCAACAAAAGUGGUCAAGCCCACAGAAGAGGUGAAGCCAACAGAAGUGGUCAAGCCCACAGAAGAGGUGAAGCCAACAGAAGUGGUCAAGCCCACAGAAGAGGUGAAGCCAACAGAAGCAGUCAAAUCAACGGAAGAAGUCAAACCGACAGAACAGAUCAAGUCAACAGAAGUAGUCAAACCAACAGAAGAGGUCAAGUCAGCAGAAAAGGCCAAAUCAACAGAAGCGGUCAAACCAGCAGAAACAGUCAAAUCGACAGAAGAGGACAAAUCAGCAGAAGUGGCCAAACCAACAGAAGUGGUCAAGUCUACAGAAGAGGUGAUGCCAACAGAUGAGGUCAAGCCAGUAGAAGCUGUCAAAUCAACAGAAGAGAUCAAACCGACUGAAGUGGUAAAACCAACGGAAGAGGUCAAGUCUACAGAAGAGGUAAAAUUAACAGAAGAGGUUAAGCCAGCCGAAACGGUCAAACCUACAGAAGAGGUAAAACAAACAGAAGAGGUUAAGUCUGCAGAAGUAAUCAAGCCAACAGAAGAUGUCAAGCUAACAAAAGAGGUUAAGCCAACAGAAGCGGCCAAACCAACAGAAGAGAAGGAACCUGCAGAAGAGGUGGAAUCAACAGAAGAGGCCAAACAAGCUGGGAAAGUGAAGCCAACUGAAGAAGUUAAACCAGCGGAAAAAUGCAAAUCUUCUGAGGAAGUCGAACAAGCCCCAGAAGUCAAACCAGCAAAAGAAGUGAAGCCAGCAGAAGAAGUAAAAUCAACAGAAGAAGCGAUGGAAACGGAUGAAGUCGAGUCGAAGGAAGACAAAAAGACGAAAGUUGUGAUACCAGAAGAAUUGAAGACAGAAGAGCCCAACAAAACUGACGAAGUAAAGCCACUAGACACGGAAGUUGCAAAGCCGGAUCCUACAAAAGCUUCCGAAGAAAAGACAGACGAGAAAAUGGACACCUCGGAGGAAGUGAAAGAAACUAAAGGCAUCGAAGCAACUACAGCUGGACCUGCUGAAGAAGUUGCCGUUGAAGCUAAGGAAGACGUAGCUAUGGAAGCAGAACCAUCCGAUGCCACGAAAGAAAACAUCAGCACAGAAGAAAAGCCACAAUCAAAAGUAGAGAAAUCUGAAUCAGAACAAGACGAAGCUAUGGAGGUAGACUCUGCAACCACAAAUGAAACCGAAGCGAAGACUGAAUCGAAGACUUCAACUGAAGUUGUUAAAUCGGAAGAAAGUAAAACGACAUCAGAAGAAGUCUCGACUACAAGCACAACUGAUGUGAAAGAAAAUGGCACACUUGAAAACGGUACGUCCGAAAAAGUUAAUGGUAAGGAAGAACCACGUGUUCCAGAAAACGGUGAAGCAGAUUCCAAAGUAAACACGAAUGGUAACCACGACGAGAAAGCCGAUAGUGAUAAGGAAAACGAUACAUCCGUUAGUAAUAUUGAGGAAUCCACAUCCGCAGUCACCACCACCACCAGCAAUGGCAACAGCAAUGAGAGCGAUAGCAGUACCACCGCCACUUCGACUGAUAUCGUAGCGGAAAUCAAAUCUAAGAAGGUAAUCGACACGACUGUGGAUUCCGCGACGCCACCGGUUGAAACCGAGUCGUAAAUCCUUUACUUUCUUUAGGUUCUAGAAUCCUUCCGUUGAUAAGUAGGUAAAAAGUGCGUGUCGAUGCUCAAUUUACGAGCAGUAGACCACGUUCAACAUGCUUAAGAAAUUUUUAUAUAAAUAUUUAUAUUAGCAGGACAAACGACAAAACUUCUCAAAGAUUCGAUUUUUUUCUGUUGUCGUGAUAAAACUGAUCGAUUAUACGAAAUGAUGGUCUACUUGGAGAAAUCAGCUACUCAAUGUCAUUGUAAAUGAGAAUACUUAGAAUUGUAUUGCCGUAUACUUACACUCAGAACAUAAGCCUAAAUAUCUCUCUCUACACGAAAGUCAUUGAGAACUAAUCAAGACACUUUUAUUUCUAACCAUGGGAGGGAGAUAAAUGAGCAAACCAUGUGUGACUUUCUAGUUGUGAUGUUGUUUUUAUAUUGGAAGUAUCGUUUUUUGUAGUUGGUCUAUUUUUUUGUACCAAAUUUAACGUGUAUUUGCAAAGCAGACUUUAUUAAAAGGACCCUAUUUAUCGUAUAGGGAACGUGAUUGUUUAUUAGCGGUCGAAAUCAACUUUCCAAGGCGCAAGGAAAACCUCACUGCAUUUAUAUAUGUCUUCCCACGGAACACAGCACAAGGCACAACCGAGAAAAAGACUAACCAGAAAACAUAAGUUCCUCCAUCUAGUUAUAGAAACUAACUGAGAAGUAGUUUUUACUUGAGAAGGGAAGAAGAGCUUCGAUCUGCUUUUAUACUCCAAUCAUUUUCCUUGUAUGAUUUUUAUUCCUAACAACUAUCGCAAGAGUAAACUAAUCACAUACAACGGAUAGACUGCCAAACAUUUCUUUGUUAAAUAAAUACGUUAUUCGAAAAUUUCCGAAUCUUGAGAGAUAUAAAAAAACAAUAUUUCAGUAUUAUCAAGUUGCUCCUAAGACACAAAACAAAAAUGAACGUUUUCGUAAUGAUUUUUUUGAGCAUAAGAUAGCUUUUCUGUGUGUUUCCGAUAUGGAACAACAAUGCACACAACAAUUAUCGUUAUCUUCGAUUUUCCAAUGUUUUCAUAAUAUAUGACAAAGGUGUUACAAUGGAGAGAAUGGGAGUGCGAUGUAACUUGAUUCUCGCUUAUCAGAACGUAAGUACUUGGAAAACAAUUAUCUGAGCUAGUGUAAGUGCUCUUUGUUUUCCAACAAAAAAAAAAAAAGAUAUGUAUCAUCGGCUUCGUUUGAAGUUGCAUAUAAAAGAUAAAAAAAUAAAAUAUUCAAACAAAGAAGAGGAAUAUUACAUUCAGAAUAACGUAAGAACGGAAAUAAACUAACCAAUAAUAUUUUAGGAAUUAUUUAAA